CGCAAGGCCGGCACUGGGACUGACCCUUCCGUAGGGACCCGGCGGCGCCCCAGAGGACCCGCGACUGAGCGCGGUGCGACGCGGGGGCUUGGGCUGGGCGCCAUGGACGCCUUCACUCGCUUCACCAACCAGACCCAGGGCCGGGACCGACUCUUCAGCUAGGAGACCUUAGUAGCAUUGCUCAAGACUCCCUGGAGUGACUGGAAUUGUUUCUGUCGGAGGAGGCUCUACAGUCCGGCUGGAAGAACGAGGAUGGCAGUCAACAAGGACCCCACCCUGCUGGAUGGAGACUUCCCUGAGCAGGAGAAUGUGCUGCAGCGGGUCCUGCAGCUGCCUAUGGUGAGUGGCACCUGUGAGUGCGUCCAGAAGACUUACACCAGCACCAAGGAAGCCCACCCCCUGGUGGCCUCUGUGUGCAAUGCCUACGAGAAGGGCGUGCAGGGUGCCAGCAGCUUUGCUGCCUGGAGCAUGGAGCCGGUGGUCCGCAGGCUGUCCACCCAAUUCACAGCUGCCAAUGACCUGGCCUGCCGAGGCCUAGACCACCUGGAGGAAAAGAUCCCAGCCCUCCAUUACCCUCCUGAAAAGAUCGCGUCUGAGCUGAAGGGCACCAUCUCCGACCGCCUCCGCAGUGCCAGAAACAGCAUCAGCGUGCCCAUCACGAGCACUUCGGACAAGGUCCUGGGGGCUGCUUUGGCCAGCUGUGAACUUGCCUGGGAGGUGGCCAAAGACACUGCAGAAUAUGCCGCCAACACCCGAGCUGGCAGACUGGCCUCUGGAGGAGCUGACUUGGCCUUGGGUGGCAUUGAGAAGGUGGUGGAGUUCCUUCUUCCUCCAGACAAGGAAGAGUCAGCCCCUGCUCCUGGAGACCAGCAGGCCCAGAAGCCUCCCAAGGCCAAGCCGAGCCUCGUGAGCAGAGUUGGGGCCCUGACCAACACCCUCUCUGGACACGCCAUGCAGACCACAGGCCGGGUGCUGAAGCAGGGCCACGCCCUGGCCAUGUGGAUCCCAGGUGUGGCACCUCUGAGCAGCCUGGCCCAGUGGGGCGUGUCAGCGGCCAUGCAGGUGGUGUCCCGGCGGAAGAGCGGGGCGCAGGUGCCCUGGCUGCAAAGCCCCACCGCCACCCAGGAGGAGGACCGUGAUGGCCAGACGGACACAGAGGGAGAGGAGUCGGAGGAGGAGGAAGAACUGGAGACCGAGAACAAGUUCAGUGAGGUAGCAGCCCUGCCCGGCCCGCGAGGCCUUCUGGGCAGUGUGGCACACACUCUGCAGAAGGCCCUCCAGCGCACCAUCUCAGCCGUGACAUGGGCACCUGCAGCCGUGCUGGGCACAGCAGGGAGGGUGCUGCACCUCACGCCGGCCCGUGCUGUCUCCUCAACCAAGGGGAGGGCCAUGUCCCUAUCGGAUGCCCUGAAAGGCGUUACUGACAAUGUGGUGGACACUGUGGUGCACUAUGUGCCGCUCCCCAGGCUGUCACUGAUGGAGCCCGAGAGCGAAUUCCGGGACAUCGACAACCCGCCGGCGGAGGCCGAGGGCCCCGAGGCGGAGCGCAGGGGGUCUGGAGCGCCAUCCCCCUGCCCGGAGCCCGCGCCGCGCCCGGGGCAGCCCCGCGGCAGCCUGCGCAGCGCAAGGGGCCCCGGCGCGCCCUCCGGCCCGGGUCUGGACGACCAGGCCGAGACGCCCGCCCUGCCGCGCCCGGGCUUCCCCGCCGUGCCCCGCGAGAAGCCGAAGCGCAGGGUCAGCGACAGCUUCUUCCGGCCCAGCGUCAUGGAGCCCAUCCUGGGCCGUGCGCAGUACAGCCAGCUGCGCAAGAAGAGCUGAGCCCGCGGCGCCCCCGCCCCUGCCGCCGGCCCGGCGCGCCCCGGGGCCAGAGCGCACACUUUCCAGGUGAGCACUGACUCCUUCAGAGUGGUCCAGCCUCGUCCCGCCGGUGCUGCCGAGACGCACAUCACUUUUUUAGCAUCGUUUUGGGGCUUCGCCGUCAGAGCCAGUUUUUAAGGGGCUCCAGAGCAGCAGUCUGCUCUGAUCCCAUGGCUUGUUCUCUUACUAAAAGAGUAAUUGCUUAGCCUGACCUUUCACUUCUUUAACCAAACUCGUGGCCAAAUCCAUUUGACUAUUUCCAAAAUUUAGAUUUUUUUUCUGCAGACCAAUAUUUGCCACCAAUGAGUAACAUGUCGCCACCCUGAGGGUCCAAACAGGAGUUCUUGACACAUUUUUAGCACUGAACCCAGAGAUCCUCUGAUUGCCUAGGCUCUCAGCGGACUGCUUUGAAGGGAACAACACGUGCAAAAGCUCUUCUGUGUUUAUGUCACCGAGUACUGCCUGCUCUGCGCAGGCUGUCCCAGGCCCGUCUCCUGUAGCGCCACCUGCUUGCUCACAGCGGUAUUUCCAUUUGUGUCAUUACUGCCUUCUACCUGCACAGUCACUCCUUUGAAUGCCCCCCCCCACACUGGGGGAUGAAAAUGGUGACCUUUCACCCCAUAUAGUCUCUACUGUAUAGCCCGUAUAUAGAUUUUAUAGCCAUAGUUAAUUUCCAACCCUAUUUUUGGAAAUAUUAAUAUUUGCUAAAUCUGGAAAAUGCAUACAUACAAUUAAAACAUUUAAACAUUGUAAAAGGGUGUGUGCUUUUCUCCCUGGGGUCCCCAGGCCCCUUUAUAAAAACAACCAUGGUGUGGUCUCUUGUGUAUCCUUCUUGUUAGAGGCCACGCAUGUACAAAGCACAUGUGUAUAUUCUCCCUACCUUUGCUUACACAAAGGUGGGAUGUUACACUCACCUGCUUUUUUCACUUAACAAUACAACUUAUGAGUGUUUUUGUGUCAGCAUCAUAUAUCCUACUUGCUCUUUUUAAUGGCCACAUAGUGAGUACUUCAUAAUAUGGAUAUGCCAGAUUUGAUUGAACUAGUUCCCUAAUGAUGGAGUUUUAAGUUGUUUCCAAUGCUUUUGCUACUAUAAACAGUGCUAUAAUAA